AUGCCAGAAGCCUCAGCCUCCGGUGCCGACGCGGGCGGCACCGCUCGCCACCGCGAACACAACCAGGGAAAUCAAGGCCGCACAUAUACCGUCGAUCAAAAGGCUGCCGUUCUUCGUAUCCGAAAAUGCAACGCCACCGCUUUUUACGACAUCCUGGGCCUCGAGAGCGUCCGCUCCACGUGCACCGACUCGGACAUCAAGAAGGCGUACAGGAAACAGUCGCUGUUGACGCACCCCGACAAGAAUGGCCACGAGCACGCCGAUGAGGCCUUCAAGAUGGUCAGCCGCGCGUUUGGCAUCUUGGGCGACAAGGAGAAGAGGGAGAAGUUUGAUAAAUAUGGCACUGAUCCGGACAGUCGGUUUGAGAGCGCCCGCGCACAGAAUCCGUUUUCGGGCUUCGGAUCACGGCAGGCUGCGGCGGCGGGAGGCGGUGGCUGGGACGACGAGAUGAGCCCUGAGGAAAUGUUUGCGCGGUUCUUUGGCGGAGGAGGCGGUCCCUUUGGUGGUGGAGGCUUUGGAGGUCCUCAGUUCGUCUUUAACUUCGGCGGCGGCCCAGGCAUUCGAGUACACCAGUUCGGCGGUGGUAGGCCCCGAGCACGACCGCGAGAGGCUCAAGGACAACCCGAACGAGAGCCAUUUGGCCUUCAGACUCUGCUUGGCCUACUCCCUAUUCUACUAUUCUUCAUCCUACCACUCAUCUCAUCCAUCUUCUCCGGCGGCUCGUCAUCCACACCCGCCACUCCACGCAUGGUCUUCGACAGCCCACAGGCCCCCUUCACCGAGGGCAGGACCACACCAAAUCUCAACAUCAAGUACUUUGUCGUACCCGCAGAUGUGGCCUCGUAUAGCAAAUCAAAACUGAGUCAGCUUGAUCGUACAGCCGAGAUCAACCUUGUGCGACAUCUACGGAAUGAGUGUGAGAGUGAACUUUUGUACAAAAGACAGCUGAGGGAGAAUGCUAUGGGAUGGUUCUACCAGGAUCCAGAGAAGAUGGCCAUUGCCGAUGCGUAUAAGAUGCCAUCGUGCGAGAGGCUGGAGAAGAUGGGCGUGAGCCGAUAA